UAGGUAGAUUCUGGGAAAGUGUCCUAGGUUCCAAACUCAAUCAUAGAAACCCUUACUGGUCCUGAUCACUUGUCUCCUAACAACUUCUUCAAUGGCUGCCACCAACAAAGACGAAACCAGCAUCCCCAAUGCAUCUUCUUCUCCGAUCUUCAUAUCCGCAGAUAGCUUAUGCAGUAUCCUCACCCACCAAACUCUGAUAAACCAUUUCCGAUCAACACUCCCUCAAGCCUCAGCCAUUCUCCAAACCACAAUUCGCCAACACUACCCUCUCUCUUCUUCUUCCUCCCUUCUCCUCAUGCCCUGUUGGUCCUCUUCCCCGUCUCUCCCUUACGUCGGCGUCAAACUUGUCACCCAUUUUCCGCAAAACUCCGCUCUCAAUUUACCCGGCGUGCAGGGAAGCUAUGUCCUUUUCAGUUCCACCACUGGCCAAACACUAGCUUCCAUGGAUUCCACCGAACUCACCCUUUACCGAACCUCAUGCGUGUCUGGCUUGGCUUCCAAAUACCUAGCCAGACAGGACAGCGAGGUUCUGGUUAUGGUUGGCGCGGGUGCCCUGGCACCGCACUUGAUUAAAGCCCAUCUUUCCGCCGUACCCAGUUUGAGAAAAGUCUUCAUCUGGAACAGAACUGUGGAAAAGGCAACCACUUUGGCCGACAAACUUAAGGAAAAUGAGGAGUUUGCUGGGGUGAGUUUUGAGGGUUGUGGGUGUUUGGACGAGGUUGUCGGAUUGGGGGACAUUGUGAGUUGUGCGACGAAUUCCGAGAAACCCCUUGUGAAGGGGGAGAGGUUGAAGGCUGGGGCUCAUUUGGAUUUGGUGGGUUCCUUCAAGCCUUCGAUGAUGGAGUGUGAUGACGAAGCCAUAAGGAGGGGAAGGGUGUUCGUUGACAAUGAGGCCGCGAUAGUUGAAGCAGGGGAGCUGGUGGGGGCUUUUGAGAGAGGGGUCAUCAAGAAAGAUGAGGUUGGAGGGUGUUUGGUGGAGCUUGUGAGAGGUGACAAGAUUGGGAGAACCAGUUCUGACCACAUAACUGUGUUCAAGUCUGUUGGAUCUGCUGUUGUAGAUAUGAUCGCUGCACAGUUGGUGUAUGAGACUUACAUAAGGAGCUAGGUACACUAUAUUAGUUGUGUUUGUGCUAAAUAGUUCGAUAAGAUUUAUGAUGUUCGUAAUCGCCAUCGUGCAGUGCUUCAAAGAACUUUAAGCGAUUAGAUAAUUAAUGUUUAUAAAUGCUUUUAUACAUUGAUAUACUAGUUGCUUUGAGAAAACAAUAAUAUACUAAUAAUUGUAACAUAAAAGUUGUUCUUUUACAAUGGGAGAAGUUGGGCACUGUCCAUGAAUCAUGUCAA